AUUCACGUGUGUAGUCCGCGCCCGCCCUGGCCGCCGAAUUCUGCCAGCGAAUGAAAGACGUAGCAGGGCCGAGGCCAGAGCGCUGACGGCGGCUGCCCGGACCCAGGCGCUAAGGGCCGGCCUCAGCCCGGGGCCCCUACUUCUCCUCGCUCCGUCCUGUCGGCAGCAACCUCCGCCUCUCCCGAGCGCAGGGGAGGCGGGACUCUUGUGCCGAAGCUGCUUCCUGCUCAGCUGAGAAACAGGAACGAGCCCACUAGUGAGAGUCGACGCGAAAAGCGCCGCCAUGGCCUCGCUCUUUAAGAAGAAAACGGUGGACGAUAUAAUUAAAGAACAGAACAGAGAGUUGCGAGGUACACAGAGGGCCAUAGUCAGAGAUCGAGCAGCUUUGGAAAAGCAGGAAAAGCAACUGGAAUUAGAAAUAAAGAAAAUGGCUAAAACUGGGAACAAAGAAGCCUGUAAGGUUCUGGCCAAGCAACUUGUGCAGCUGAGAAAACAGAAAACUCGAACUUAUGCUGUUAGUUCAAAAGUUACAUCCAUGUCUACUCAAACAAAACUGAUGAACUCCCAGAUGAAGAUGGCAGGAGCAAUGUCAACAACAGCAAAGACAAUGCAGGCUGUUAAUAAAAAGAUGGAUCCACAGAAGACAUUGCAAACAAUGCAGAAUUUCCAGAAGGAAAACAUGAAAAUGGAAAUGACUGAAGAAAUGAUAAAUGAUACUCUGGAUGACAUUUUCAAUGAUUCUGAGGAAGAAGAAGAAAGUCAGGAUAUUGUGAACCAAGUCCUUGAUGAAAUUGGAAUUGAAAUAUCUGGAAAGAUGGCCAAGGCUCCUUCUGCUGCCAGGGGCAUGCCAUCUGCAUCAACAUCCCAAAGUGCAACCAUUUCGGAUGAAGAGAUUGAAAGGCAGCUCAAAGCCCUGGGAGUAGAUUAACUUCAUGGUAAUGUGCAGCCUGCUUUUACACGAGUGCAGGCAUGCAUAUGAACUUCCAACACAGGUUUCAAUAAAACCAAAUUCUUCACAUCUAUCUUGCCUCAGCUAUCACUGGUGAAAACAAAUUCUAGAGGCAGUUGGUGACACUAGCCAGAAUUUUAUUGCAAGAGGACAAUACAAAAUGAAGAUUGUGUACAAAACAACAUGCAUAGUGCAGAAGUUGUAUGCCUAGCCAAAUUGGGUUCUCCUGUAAACAACAGCAUCUUUUUAUAUGGAGUCUUAAUUUGGAACAGUUGCAUUUAGUUGUUUCUCAAAAAAAACCCACCUUGCUUGACCAACAUUCAUUUUGCUUCAGAUUUGUGAACUUUCUGAAGUUAUUGCUUGCAGCCUUUCUGAGGUAAUGAAGGUUAAGUAAAAGUCUUGCAAGUAAUGUAAAAGGCCUCUUAAUGUAAUGUAAUACUUUUAAAAUGAGACUUGGUGUUUCUUUCAAGUGGGAGAUGGCAUUUAUUUUCUUCAGGUGAAGGAUGUGUUUUAACAGUUUAGGGGGCCUUUUUAUAAGCGCCUUUCUAGCACAUUGUUGUUCAUUCAGCCUUGUUUUGGAAUGAUAUGUGCAUUUCUAAUUUAACCCAAGAUCUGAGUACAAUGCUGCUAUCGUUAGUGGAACCGUCCUGGAAACAAGAUUAUGUGUCAUCAGUAUUUUAGUGUAGCAGAUUGUCUGUAAGGAAAGUACUAAACAAACUCCACUGUACUGUAACUUAGCUAACUUGAAGAGAAUUGUGUGCCUUUGUGUACAUAGCCCAUAUUUUUUUAUUGAGCUUUGAAUUGUGAAAAAUUAAUGUUAAAGCCAUUCAUUCUCUCGACUUAUACAGCACUGAAAGAGUUACAUAAACUCAACAGCAAUUGCUACAAAGUAUGUAAAUUUAACGCCUGGGAAUAAUGCUUUUUUUUUUAAAUAGCAUGUGUACAUAUUGCUGUGCAUCAUUUUUCAUCAAGAAAGUGUUGCCUGUGACAAAAUACUUGAUUGUCCAAUGUAAUGUUUGUUUAUGUUAAACUGUUUUCUUGCACAUUUUCUUGCCUAUUUAAAGUUAAUGGACUGGGAGUUUAAAAUUGAAGUAAAACAGUGAAUAUCUUGAUGUAUUAUAGGAAAUAUAGUACCCUGGAAUUCUGUAGCAGUAUUUACAGAGGGAUGUGAAAAGGUUAUUCUCCUUUUCACUGCCUUGCUGAAAUAAUCCAAAUCUUGGAAAUCAUCAGGAAUGAAACUGCUAAUCGUCCUUGAAGAAAAGGACAGAAAAACAACUACCUGACCAUAAUCAAAAUAGGGUAUCAACAGCAAAACCGAGAAGCUAGAACUCCCAUUUUAAACAUACUUAAGAUGUGGCUGGAUAAACAAAAGGUCAAAGCUUUCUACAGUACAUAUUGCAUUGGGUUUUGCAGGUUUAUGUGGCAGCAUGGCUAUGUGGGUGAAUCUUUCUUUUUAUGGACUUUAUAAAUAUCAACUAAUUAAAAGCUUUAGCUCCUCCA